GGGGCGGGAGCCGCCCGGCGCGGCAGCAGCAGCCUCGCGAUGCUGUCGCACGCAGACAUGCUGGACUCGCGACUCGUGCAGAGGAACAUGUACUCCGCCGAGGGUCUCAAGGAUCACUCUGAGAUGCUGCGAGUCGCCGAGGCCAGCAAGUGUCGCCUGGUCGGCGUGGGCGGCAACGGGAACGAGCACCCGUGCGUCUCGGGGGGGUGCGGGGGCCCCGACGGAGUCACGAUGCUCGGGGGGGACGACAUGCAGCAGCAGCAGCAGAACCAGGGACCCGGCGGCGGAGGAGGAGGUGGUGGAGUAGGAGGAGGUGGAGGAGGUGGUGGAGGAGGAGGCGGCGGCUCGGGGCUGUCGGCUCUCAAGGAGCCGGACAGCAGCAAGCAGCAGUCGGGGGUGGCGCCGCAGAAGCAGAAGCGUCACCGCACGCGCUUCACGCCCGCGCAGCUCAACGAGCUGGAGCGCAGCUUCGCCAAGACGCACUACCCCGACAUCUUCAUGCGCGAGGAGCUGGCGCUGCGCAUCGGCCUCACCGAGUCGCGCGUGCAGGUGCGUGCCGCGCGCGUGCAGGUCUGGUUCCAGAACCGCCGCGCCAAGUGGAAGAAGCGCAAGAAGACGACCAACGUGUUCCGCACCCCGGGCGCGCUGCUGCCGCCCGCGGGCCUGCCGCAGUUCCCUCCCUCCAUGGCCGACUCGCUGUGCUCCUUCCACGCGGGGGACGCGCGCUGGGGCGCCGCCAUGUCCGGCGUCUCGUCGCUGCCGCUGCCGCCGUCUCUGGGCCGCCAGCCCCAGAUGGGGCAAUCCCUGUCGCAGUGCAGUCUGGGCGGGGGCCCCAACCACAUGGGGCUGUCGAACGGCGGCGGGCUGCAGUCGCACCUGUACCAGCCCUCGUUCCCCGGGAUGGUCUCCACGUCGCUGUCGGGGCCGCCGCAAGUGGUGAGCACCGUCCCCACGGGCUCCCCGCAGCUCUGCGGCUCUCCCGAGGUCGGGGACAUGUGGCGGGGCACGAGCAUCGCCUCCUUGCGCCGCAAGGCCCUGGAGCACACGGUCUCCAUGAGCUUCGCCUAGCA